AUGUGCGGGAUCGGGUUUAAAAUCGCCAAUCUAGGGGCGGGCUUGCACCUCUUGGUGGUCCCAAUAGAGAAUUUCUCCAAGAUUAUGAAGCUUCUCUGGGCGGAAUAUUUUAUUUUCGACACAGGCACGACUGUCGCCAGAGCUUCUGCCUUACUUUUCUACCAGCGUCUCUUUGGUGAAGUCCAGUCUCGCUUCACAUACGCUAUAUGGGUAGCGCAUAUCCUGAAUAUUUGUUGGAUGAUAGGCAUGCACUUCGCUGUCGGUUUCCAGUGUUCACCCGUCGAGAAACUUUGGAAGCCUCUAAUCCCCGGGCACUGUACGAGUACUCGCACGCUUUUUAUCGCUAGUGGAACGCCCAGUGUGAUUAUCAAUGUUUUUAUCCUGAGUCUGCCGCUCCCAUUGCUCUGGAGGCUGAAGAUGAAGCUGGUGCGCAAGUUGCUUAUCAUUGGCGUAUUCCUAUGUGGAUACAUGGUGGUCGUGGUUUCCAUAGGGCGAUUGGUUUCCAUUGUAAAGGUUGGCCCAAACCUUGAGAAAGACUUUACCUGGGAAUUUGUAGAGCCUGUGCAAUGGCUACUAUCUGAGAUUGCUAUUUCUGUCUUCAGCGUGUGCCUCCCCAGCAUAUUCGUCUUCGGCCGCCAUGCCUACCAUGAGGGUAUCCGCGCGUUACUCGUCAAUACUCACGCCAAAAAAUCACAGUUCCCACUAGCCGAUUCGGACCUUUCAGGGACCUACUUUAGCCGAUACACGAAAGGAGAGGAGAAUGAGUUAGACCGGAAACCAUUACCUCCGCCCCCAAAAGAGGCCUUUACCGCUGAUUCGCGUGCCACCGCGUACCGAGAGUCUCCUCGGCUGCCUCUGCCAACGGCGAAUUUCAGUCGGCCCCCCAGUAUGGGGAUUGUUGUACGGAGCGACAUCACAAUUUCAUAG